AUGGGUACUCCAGUGCUGCCUAUGAAAAAUUUUGCUGUCCCACCGGGAGACCCAGGGCCUUCUCUGUGCUCACCCAUGAUAGGGAAAGAAAAGUUCCACAAGUCACAGCACUGGGGUUACUGCAAUAAUGUUGCUAUGCUGGUUGGAGAAAAUAAGCCUGAAAUAGGAGGUGAACCAUUACCUGGUCAGAACUUGAAACCUAAAUAUAGCGUGUUUCCUGAAGGAAUGGGAAGUGAUGCUCCUGCCUGGGUAGCUUUUGACAAGCAGGUAUUGUCUUUUGAUGCCUAUUUUGAGGAAGAAGUGCCUGACAAAAAUCAAGAGCUAUAUAGAAUCAGACAUUGUAAAAUAUACUUCUACCUUGAAGAUGAUACAAUUCAAGUGGUUGAACCCCAAGUGACAAAUAGUGGCAUAAAUCAAGGGUCUAUUGUUCGACGGCAUCGAAUACCACUUCCACCUCCUCAGGAAGAUCAGUUCUACACUAUAGAACAUUUCAAUAUCAACACAGAAGUCAUUUUUUAUGCCAGAAAAUAUAAGAUUAUAGAUUGUGACCAGUUUACAAGAAAUUUCCUGAGGAAGAUGGGAAUUAGACUAAAUCCUCCGGCAGGUCGUCCUGAUGACCCGUACACCAAAGAGCGGCAGAAGAUUCUGGAUAGCAUGAACCCAUUGCGCCCUUAUGAGCACUUUGACACUUUGAAACAAUUUCUGGAGUAUGACAGACAAGUUCUACGUUUUUACUGUGUGUGGGAUGACCCAGAGUCCCUGCUUGAAGACCCACGGGAACUCGUCCUGCACUAUUACUUGUCUGAUGAUACUAUCGAUAUCAAAGAAAUUACACCAGUAAACUCAGGCCGGGAUACUGUUCCACUUUUCCUCAGAAGAGAUAAACUACCAAAGUAUGCUCCCACCGGGCUGUACCAGCCAGGCACCAUCACCCGUCACACUGUCCUCAAUGUGCUUGGAAACUUAACAGGAGGCAGAGGCCGUUACAUACUGGACAAUCGUAAGACAGGAGCAGUGCAUCAGGAAUUUUACAGAGACAGUGACUUGAAAAUAGGGGCAGUAAUUAAUGUUUGGGGAAGGAAGAUAAGACUCUGUGAUUGUGAUGAAUUCACUAAAGAAUAUUACAGGACAAAGUACGGAAUUGAGGAUUUCACCCCAGUUCCAUACAAGGCUCCACCACCUCCCAAACCAGUAAAAACAUUUCCUCCUUAUAAUGGAUUUGGUACUGAAGAAGAUUCUCUGUGUUCCUGUAUGGGUCUGCUUCCCAAACCUCCCCAGAAGGAUUUCAAGAAGUUCAUGGAGAAAGACAGAUGUGGCAUAGAAAGUAACAUACUGCGCUUCCUUGCCAAACUUGUCACAGACAGUCCUAUUGACCAGGACCGGAAAUUCAUUGUUUCCUACUUCCUGAGUGAUGACACCAUUUCAGUUUAUGAACAUAAGCAGCGAAACGCAGGGAUACUUGGUGGGAAGUUCUUGGAAAGAGGUCGCAUUAAGAAGCCUGGGCAGGAACUCUUUAAGAGUGAGCCAUCUGAAUACUUCAAGGCUCAGAAUCUGUUCAUUGGAGCCAGAGUUUGUUUCCAUGGUCGCAACUUCCUUUUGGUGGCUGCAGAUGAGUAUACGAUCAACUACAUGGAGAAGCAUGCAAAUGAGUUCUCAGUGGCUGAUGUUGGUGUCAUCUUCAAGAAACUGAAAGACAUGACCGAACCUCAUUCCCGAGAAAUCAGACAGAUGUUUGCAGCUACUGACCCUGAGCAUACUAAGGUGAUUGAAUAUGACUCUUUCAGAAACUUGAUAGUUGAUAUCACCGGUGGAGCGUUGUCAGAACAUGAAAUGAUGACACUCGGACGCCAUUACAGUGAGAAAGAUGAAUAUGAAAUGGACCUCCACUUCCUCCUUGCAGUGGCUCAAGAACAACUGAAGAGAAACAACUUUGAGAAUUUUGGACAAAUGUCUGCAGUGUUUAUGUACAACGAUCGCGAAAAACAUGGAGUGCUGCCCCGUGAGGUUUGCAGGACUAUUUGCAAGUCCUUUAAGUUGCCACUGGCUGAUGAUGAUCUACAAGCUUUACUGACCAUGUUCGAAGAUGACCAUAAGCAAGUGGAAUAUAAAAAGUUUGUGGAUGCGCUGAACUGGAGAGAGAAUCUAAUCCCUGCUUUCCAGACAAUAAAGGUUCCUCCCAAGAAUGAAGAUGACUGGAGCAGACAGCCACCAUCCCUUCCUGUGAACAGGGUCAAAUACUUACCUCUUCUGGAUGAUCUGUUUGGCAAGGAGGAAUAAUCUGAUCUG